AUUUGCUGCAGUGUCGUCUCAGCUUCUGAACGUUUAGCAAAUUCCCCAGUUACACUAUACGCAGUCGAGUUUCUUGCUCAAUAUGAGGGCAACUUUCAUGAAAAGCAAUUACGGAGAUUUUCCGAACGAUAUCGAUCUAAAUUCCUUUUUACUGCAAGCGAUGUCCUAGACGAUAUAUCUGCAUGUUGCAGGAUAAGUCUUGAAAAACAUCCAUGAUGUGGAAACAGGUGUAGCAAAUGCCUCCGCGCGACAUACAUCCAGGAUCGUCAUACGCAUACGCUGCGACCCGAAGGACUCGCCGGUAUCGUUGGGAUUAAAAUUCGGCUCCGGACGAGGAAAUGCGUGCGUUUGAUGCAGCUCACGAAAGACAUCGGUCUAAAUUUGCACGGCUUCAGCUUCCAUGUCGGUAGCCCGUGCGUCGAGCUCGAGGCUUACGCCAGAGGUAUCGCAUUGUGCAAACAAUUAGUUACCGUCUCCAAGGCAAUCGGGUGCGACAAGGUGCAGUUGAUCGACAUCGGCGGUGGAUUUCCGGGCAUGAGCGGAACGGACGUUGACAUGUUCGCCAAUAUUAUCAACGAGGCGGUAAAGGAUGUUGAUCCUAACAUAAAAAUUAUCAGCGAGCCGGGAAGAUACUACGUAACUUCUGCCUUCACUUUAGCCUCGUAUUUGCAUUCCAAGAGAAUCGUUCCGAAGAACGGAGAAAUAAUGAGA